GGCUCAGUAAAGCAGAGGCAGCGGGGGAAGAUGGCGGCGGCUGUUCCGCAGCGGGCCUGGACCGUGGAGCAGCUGCGCAGCGAGCAGUUACCCAAGAAGGACAUUAUCAAGUUUCUGCAGGAUCAUGGUUCAGAUUCGGUACCGGAGUUUCUUGCAGAACAUAAAUUACUAGGAAACAUUAAAAAUGUGGCCAAGACAGCUAACAAGGACCAUUUGGUUACAGCCUAUAACCAUCUUUUUGAAAGUAAGCGUUUCAAGGGUACUGAAAGCAUAAGUAAAGUGUCCGAGCAGGUGAAAAAUGUGAAGCUUAAUGAAGAUAAACCCAAAGAAACCAAGUCUGAAGAGACUCCGGAUGAGGGUCCACCAAAAUAUACAAAAUCUGUUCUUAAAAAAGGAGAUAAAACCAACUUUCCUAAAAAGGGAGAUGUUGUUCACUGCUGGUAUACAGGAACACUACAGGACGGGACUGUUUUUGAUACUAAUAUUCAAACCAGUUCAAAGAAGAAGAAAAAUGCCAAGCCUUUAAGCUUUAAGGUUGGAAUAGGCAAAGUUAUCAGAGGAUGGGAUGAAGCACUCUUGACUAUGAGUAAAGGAGAAAAGGCUCGACUGGAGAUUGAACCAGAAUGGGCUUAUGGAAAGAAAGGACAGCCUGAUGCCAAAAUUCCACCAAAUGCAAAACUUAUUUUUGAAGUGGAAUUAGUGGAUAUUGACUGAAACAGUAAUGCUUCAGAUCUAAAGACAUCAGCAACAAUAAAACGUAGCCUUGAAGGAAACAUAAGUAUCUAAUUAGAGCUGGUUACUAUUAAAGGGAAGAGUCAACUGGAAAAUUCAAGAAGUUAGAACUUGUUUACUUGAUCCCCAACUUUUAAGAAAUGUAAUCUGUUAAUAAACCCUUGCAGUUUAAAAUAUUUUACUACAGCUGUGUAAAACAUUGGGUAAAGAGAACUGAUUUUCCUUGUAUGUCAUGUUGUAAACUAAAAGGCUCAAUAAAAAUGUAUCCAAUGUCUUGA